AUAAAAUCCUUCUUUACAAAUAUGAGACGUGUCAUUUUUAUGUGAAUUAAUCCUUUAUGUGAGUGAAACAUGUAUUAAAAUUUUCUUCACAACAAAUGUAAUAGAAUACAUGUUGCAUUGUAAUUUAAUAAAAUUCUAAACACUGUUAAUUUUUGUGGAUUCUUGCAGAAAAAUUCCCCGUUGGUAAACAAUAUCAGAGACAAACAUCCAGACACCAAAAUGCAGAGAAAGACUGAUACAAAUUCCUUUUUGAAGUAUGUUAGUUUACUAACUUUGACUCUUCAGAAUGCUGUGUUGGGUUUAAGUAUGAGAUAUGCCAGAACGCGAGAGGGUGAUAUGUUUUUAUCGUCAACAGCUGUACUGUUGGCAGAAGUAGUCAAACUGAUCACAUGUUUGAUGAUUGUCUACAUAGACGCUGGUGGAUUAUUAAAAAUGUUUCGAUUAAUAGAUCAACAAAUUAUUAAACAACCUGUUGAUACUCUCAAGAUAUGCGUUCCUUCAUUCGUGUAUUUGGUCCAAAAUAAUUUGCUGUACUUAUCCGCCUCUCAUUUAGAUGCUGCUACAUAUCAGGUGACGUAUCAGUUGAAAAUCCUUACUACUGCUCUGUUUUCCGUAUUUAUCCUGAAGAGGGAACUUCUACGUACUCAAUGGAUCUCACUUUUCGCCCUCAUCAGUGGAAUUGUGCUUGUGCAAUUAGCCCACACCGAUGAUAAAUCUACGUCCGUGCAUGGAAUGGAGCAAAAUCAGUUCAUCGGUUUCAUGGCUGCGUUGGCUGCUUGCUGCUUGUCGGGCUUUGCUGGGGUUUAUUUCGAAAAAAUGCUCAAAGGUAGUGACGUCACCGUCUGGAUAAGAAACGUCCAACUCUCCUUCUGCUCAAUACCGUUCGGCUUGAUCUCGUGCUUCUUGUAUGACGGCGCCAAAAUCAGGGAACAAGGAUUCUUCUUUGGCUACGAUCAAUUCAUACUAUUCCUAGUUCUACAGCAAGCUUCAGGCGGACUUAUCGUAGCUGUCGUCGUUAAGUACGCCGACAACAUCCUGAAAGGUUUUGCAACAUCCUUGGCUAUAGUUAUAUCCUGCAUAGCUAGUAUAUACAUAUUUGAUUUCCAACUAUCCUUCCAGUUUGCUGCGGGCGCCGGAUGCGUUAUAUUCUCGAUCUUUUUGUACGGUUACACUCCGAAGAAACCAGAUCUAUCGCCAACUUAUAAAGUCUAGUAUUUUUUAAAUUCGUUGAUUACGGAUAUGUUUAAAUGAUCUCCCUACACGUUUCACUUGCAGUGUCUAUUUAUUUUUUAACCUUUUUUGACAAUGCUUAAAUCUAUUUAUGAUAUUGGUAAUUAUUACUAAUGGGGCCAAUUCAUAAAAAUCUGAUGUAACUUACUACCAUAACACUGACACGUUGUUCUAUGAGUUCAAAGAUUAAGUUGUACAUACAUCAGAAAUAAGUAAGCAUUGCUAACAAAAGGAUAAUACACUUCUCCAAGAAAUUAACGCACCACUUAAAAAUUGGUCAUUUUUAAUGUCUCGAAUUUCCUAAACCUGUUGUCCGAUUUCAGUGAUUUUUUUAACAUGUUAUAGGCUUAUUCUUUAACAAUAUCGCUGUAAUAAUAUUCUUGCUAGACAGGUAAAUUGUCAUUGUAUACCGGGUGUACCAAUCAAACUGUGAUUUUUUCUAAAAGUUCGUGUCGCCCUGUGGAAUAUUCUAGCAUUUCUAAAAUACUGAAAUUAAAAUCCAACUAUAGCCUCAUGUUUUCUUAACAUUCGGUUUUUAUUUAUUUAUUCGAUUAUGUUGGAUGCUUAUAUGGAUAAUAAAAAGUUAGGUACUUUAACAACUAGCCUUGUUUUUCAUCAAUACAGAAUGUUUUUAAAGAAGUAUGGCAAAGUUUAAGGGGUAAAAAACAAGGCUAGUUGUUAAAGUACCCAACUUUUUUAGGGUCCAACAUAAGCGAAUAAAUCAAAAAACAGAAAAUUGAAAAAACAUGAGGCUGUAGUUGGAUUUUAAUUUUCAGUAUUUUACAAAUUCUAGAAUAUUCCACAGGGUCACGCGAACUUUGAGAAAAAAUCACAGUUUGAUUGGUACACCCGGUAUACAAUGACAAUUUGCCUGUCUAGCAACAAUAUUAUAGCGAUAUUGUUAAAGAAUAAUGCUAUAAGAUAUUAAAAAAAUCACUUAAUCAGACAAUAGGUUUAGGAAAUUCGAGACAUCGCUAAUGUGCGUUAAUUUCUUUGAGAAGUGUAUUUAAACAUAUCGAUCUUUAUUUAAUAAAUUUUUUUAAUAGUCUCAGAUAUGCAGUGUCUUUGUGACAUUCUUUAUCAAGAAUGACAUUUUUUGCUAAAACGCAAAAUAAAAAAGUUUCUCCUCAAUCCUCCAUCCAUAUGGAAAACUUUUUUAUUAUCAAUUUUAAGAAAUAAGUUAUUCUUCAUUCAAAGGUUUUGCGUGACUUAAAAUGUAAAAUGGUAUCAGAUAUAUUUUUUAGAAGUAUAUGCUAGGUACGCCAAACAGUUUGUAUUGUGCUGAAGAGUAAAAUUCAUUUUGGAAAAUAUGGAAAAUUAUUAUGACAAAUUGUAGAUCAGAACUAGAAAUUACAUUUAAAUUUUCGGUCAAACCAGAUCAAAUUAUUAGAGCUAUCUAGUAAAAUUUAACUUUUGUUUAAUAGUGAUAUUCCUUCUCCUGAUACCUUGAGCCCUUAUCAGGACGUGAUGACUAAGUAUUGUUAGCUUGAUGUUUCCAUUAGGUGUGAUCCUGCGCUAGCUUCAUGUGAGGAUUCUCCCACCAGAGUCUUUAUUUGGUCUGCCCAUCAUGUUGGAGAUCUUCUUCUUGGCCUUUGACCUUUUACCUUCCCUUCUACUAUCAAUGGUUCCAUAUUCCUCAUUCUUCUGGCUUUGUGGCCGAAAUAAUUUAACUAUGUUCGGUUGACUUUUUGAAUAGUUUACCUUUUAUAUGAAGCUCUUUUAAAAUCAACAGGUUGGUUCUGUGUUCUGUUCAGAGAGUCCAUGUUUAAGCUGCGUAGGUAUCAAUGGGAAAAAUAAGGGAAUUGACUAACCUAGCUUAGUAUUCCUUGUUAUUGUUCGGUCUUCAAAUAAUUUAAUUAAUUUAGUUCUUGCAGUUUGGGCAAUUGCUACUUUCCACUUGAUUUCUGAGGAGUUAUCGGCAUUGUUGGUUGUCAGGGAGCCCCAGAAUACAAAUCUGUCUUACUACUUCGAAAUCGCCACUUAGUGCAUGUAUGGUAAAUUAUUAUUUGCCCUGUCUACGAAUACAAUAUGUCAGAAUUUAUGGUGUAUAAUAAUGGUGAUACUAUUCUGCCCUGCCUAGUUCUUCUUUGUUGUGAAAGUAUAGCGACACGCUUCAUUUAUUAUUUUUUUAAUUGCUAAUUUUAAAUAUUAACUUUCUUUUCUAAACGAAAAUAAUAUGGGUCAUUUAAAAUUCACAUGUGUUUCGCUCCUAAAAUACAAAACCAGAUUGCAUAAAAUUAAUGUUUUUUUCUGGGAAACAAAUUCCCCAUUAAAUAGUUACCUUAUCAGACCUUAUGUCAAUAAAUCACUUUUUAAAUGCAUUCGAAGACGCUUCUUAAAACUACGGAAAGGUUCUCAGCUUUUAAAACGCCAGAUUUAGUAAUUUAUCGCCUUUUCUAGCCAUAUUGUAGAACCGCAUACAUGAUGACAUAAUAGUUUUGUGGUCUCGACCAGUAUCGUCGCAGCGGGCACGCCGUUCAGUCACACUGAAAUUUCAUAAAGUGUUAUAACAUGAUAAAAUGGAAAGAAACUCAUGCAUAUAUUACAUGCAUAGCUGAAUUAGAAGUAUUCGAAUUGUGGUGUUAUCGACGAAUCCUAAAUAUAUCGUGGGUUUCGCACACUUCCUAUGAAGAUGUUCUUCAAAUGAUGAAUUCAGAACGUCUGCUCAUAAAAAUCAUAAAGAGAAGAGAAACAGAAUACUUCGGCCAUAUAAUUAGAGGACCUAAACAUACCAUCUACUUCGACUUAUAAUACAAGGCAAAAUGGAGGGAAAGAGAUGGAUUGGUCGAAAUAAACUGUCAUGGUUGCGUAAUAUUAGACAAUGGUGUGGUUCCACAGUAGAAGAAUAAUUAUUUCGCACAGCAUCCGAUAGAGAAAGGUUUCAAGAACUCGUAAAUAUGGUGACGGCCAACGUCCGAAUACGGACACGGUACCUAAAGAAGAAGAAGAAGAUAGCUCAAUUAUAUAUCCCUUUUGUAAAAAAUUGAAUUUUACUAGGUGGCCCUAAUAUUUGAUCACCCUACUACUAACUAAUUAAAUUUUAAAGUUUUGACGCCAGUAAGAUUUGAACCUGGGUCUCAUGCAUGCCAAGAAUUAAUGCUGUCCAUUGCACUACCGAAGCUAUAAAAUGGUAAUCGGUAGUGUACCGGAGAGAUCCAACACAAGUUUUCCGUAUUCAAAAUCCAAACUUAGAUGUUUGUAAUUAUUAAAGGAAUAUUAAAAUUUGAGAUCUCUUUGUAGCGAUUACUUAGAUGUCUGUGCCUCACAGGAACACAGCAAAAUUAUUUUUUACAUAUCGUUGCUGUGAAGUCAAACCGGCAUAAAUGAAAAAGAGACAUUUUUCACCAGAGCGUUCCAAAGAUUUUGCAAUUAAUUUUUUAUCGCUUACUACCGUUUAAUUCACACUAGGGGUACGAUUUGAUUAGAUAAAAUUAUGGAAAGUCUUUCUUGUUGAAGUGUUGGUAGCAAAUAACCAGGUUGUUGACUAAGUCCAGGGUAAUUUAUGCAGAUAUGCCACUAUAACUUGUUUAAAUGUGAUUACUGUUUGCACUUAAGUCGCAGUGACAACUGAUUAUCUGCCAAUAAUUCAGAUGUAGGAUGUGAGAUAAUUCAGUUUCACUUACAUGACGCGUAACUUUUCAUCUUAAAGUUUAUGAAGCGACUAAGAGGUCUAUCUUCUGUUAAGCAAAGUAGUGAUUAAAACAUUAUGCAAACCAGUCUAAGGUCAUAGGACGGAUUUUCUUUUGACCUAAUUUUAUGACGAUUUGAUUUCACAGCGACGAUAUAGUUUAUAUAUUUUUUUAUAUGUAAAAGUAUAUAUUAUAUUUGUGCAACAUUAUUCAAAUAUGUGACUGUGUAAGGAUUUUAGUUAACAUAUUUAUUGUAAAUUAAAUUUUAAGUAUAUAAAAUAGUUUCGUUUUUAGAAUAUUUGUGUACUAAAUUGACUGUGAUAUGAUCUACUUUCAAAAUCCUACUUAGUAGUAGUUAUCAGGUGAUAACGUCAUUGUAUUGUAAAUUCUUGACUUGUUAGAAAGUAAGGUCCUAUAUAUUUGAGGAUAUACUAAGGGUUUAACAUACAACAGUCAUCAAAUUAUAAUCAUUUUUGGUUUUGAUGUUUGAAGGAAUAAACAGUUUGUAUGAAUUCUAGUGAAAAAUGCUCACUUACUACAUAUACUAUUCAGCAGAUUUUAUUCAAUGCAGGAGAAAUAUAUUUUUAUGUUAAGUAAUGUUCCUUUUAGAAUAUUAGUUUGUUUUAUGAUAUAGAACGGAACAAAUUAUAUCAAGUUUUAAUAUUUUUAUAUUUAUUUUGGAAAUUUUAAAUUUUUUAAUCUAUGAAUAUGAGUAUAAUCGCAUAUACAAUGUAGUAGCAAAGCAGUUCCCAAAAUAAUUCAAAUAUUAUUUAAUGUUCAAGAUUUUGACAUCGUAUUAAAUUAUCUUUGUCUUAAAUUAUCAUCUAAUUUCCUCAGAGCCUCCUUGACAACAAACAGACCUAGAAAUAGUACUAUCGGAGGAUGGAGGGAGACAGAUUUAAAUCAAAACGAAACUGUAGAUUUUCUUAUUUUACUAAUGCCAUACUCUGUAUUAGAGUACACAGACUCGUUUCAUACAGGUUCUCUGAACCGCAAAUUGGAAUAUUUUCCUAGCGGUGCCUUUUGGUAUUGUCAUACCUGGGUUAAACAGAGAACUUGAAUCGAGUCGAAAUUCAUUUUUCGUAUUAAAUUAUGUUUAACAUGAGUUUUUAAUAUAUUUGUUGCAAAUAAUGAAAUUUUUUAUCGUUCAUUAUGCCAGAUAUUAACAGAACAAUGCCUGUCCAGGUCUUGCAAUUAAGUUGGUCACCCUCUUUAUGCAGCGGGCAUAUCAUUCUCUUUAGCCAUCCUUCUGGUAUCAAUUUGUUCUGCCAUAUAAGUAUUAUUAUUAUAUGAAUUGCUGCCAAAAGUUGGUCAGCCUGUUAUACAUUUCAGAACAUAUUUCGUCGAUUCCUGGGGCUUUAUAAUUUUUUAAGUUUCUGGAUGGCAUUUGACACUUAUUCUCUUGUUGGUGCUUCAAUUUGUAGUUGCUGAUGUAGGUUUAGUUGAUUUUCUAUAAAUGUUCGCCUUCUUUAACAUAGUUUUUAUUUAGAUAAUCCGUUAAAUGUUGCGUUCAUCUAUUAAGAACUAAGUUUGUGUCAUGUAGAAUUUCAAUGUUAAUAUCUCUAUAACUUUGUGGGCUUGGCUUAAAUUCUUAAAGGCUACUAUUUAGGGAUUUCUUGUUUCAUUUUUAUCAAGUAAAUUGAAGAAGCAAAAGCCCCAGGAUUAGUGAAGCCAGAACUACAACAGAUAUAGAAAAACAGACCAUGCAUUUGAAUUAGCAGGAAGUUUCUUGCUACUUCUGGUUCCGAAAAACUAGGAACGUACGUUUACUCGUAAAAUAUGAUAGCUAUUCUUAAAUACUAUUAGCGGUUUUUUUGAGACUGAUCAUUGAAUUCUCCAAUAUAAUUUUUAUAUACUACUUUGUUUA